GGCCGUUCCACAUCUGAUCCAAAGCCAGGAGUUACACAAGGACAUGCUGAAAUCUUUUACUUGCAUCCACACUAACACUCUGCUCCUCUUCCUCCUCUCCAGCCUCUCCUCGGUGGGUUGGCAUGGCCCAGUGAUGAACGGAGCGGUGGUGCCUGGUAGCCCGGAGCUCUCCUCCUCGUGCCCACUGCCUGACUGGCGAGAGUUCUGUCAGCUCCAUGCUCGAGCCUCCGCUGCAGACUUCGCUGACAAGUUCCAGCGCUUCCUGUCAGAGAACCCGUGCUACGACUCGCCUGGCGCCGAUGUGAGCUUCUCACAGCACUUUGCCCACCACUUCCUGGAGUGCUUCUCCGCGGCGCUGACCCAGGCCCGGGAGACCCAGGCGUCUUCUCCGGGGGAGGACGGCUCCAACACAGCGCCCAAGUACAGCAUUGUUCCUUUCCUGGGAAUCCAGGGCUGCCCGCUGUCCUACGGUCACGACCUUUAUCAGAGACGCAAGGACGCCGGGGCUUCAAGUGAAUCUCUCGACAGCAUGGACAGUGGAGGGGGAGGGAUAGAUGUGGGAGGCAGUGGCACCACCGCCUCCCGGGGCCCCCAGCCAGCCCACAAGGUGUCUGCUCUGGGACAGUCCCGCAGCUCAGAGGACGUGUCGGUCAGUCACCCAAAAGCUCGUUUCAAGAAGGGGUUCUCCCUGAGGAACAUGAGCCUGUGUGUGGUGGACGGGGUGAAGGAGAUGUGGCACAGACGGGCCUCCCCUGAACCCGAUGGCCCCUCUGUUGGUGCCAGGAAAGCUAACGGGGGAGUGGGAGGAGGGGAGGCUGCAGGGGGAGAGAAGUGGUCCCAAAAGCUGCGGCUUCCCAGGGGUUCCCAGGGCCACAAGGCUGAGAUGUUGGAAAUCCAGAGGGAGGGAGCGCUGAGGUUCAUGGUGGCUGAUGACUCAAACUGUAUGGGCGCUGCACAGUGGCAGAAGUGCCGCCUGCUGCUGAGGAAGACCAAGAGGGAGGAAGGAGGCGAGAAGUUCCUGUUGGAGUUCUACGUACCACCCAAGUCCUCAAAGCCCAAAGUGAGCAUCCCUCUGUCAGCCAUCGUGGAGGUGAGGACCACAAUGCCUCUGGAGAUGCCAGACAAGGACAACACUUUUGUUCUUAAGGUGGAAAACGGGGGAGAGUACAUCCUGGAAACCAUCGACUCGCUGCAGAAAAACUCCUGGGUUGCUGACAUCCAGGACUGCAUAGACCCUGGUGACAGCGGCGAUGACAUCGAGCUGGCGUCGUGUCCUCAUGGUCAGGCCUCCAAAGACUGCUCCAUGGUGGCCUCUUGCAGCUGCGAGCUGCUGUCUGAGGGUGUGUAUCGCGCUCCGGAGAGGCCAUGUCCUACAGCAGCAGAGCAUUACAGCGCCUCCUCAGUCCGCUGCAGGGAACCCCCCUUCACCCAGCACCCAUCCCACAUGCCUUUAGAGCGCUUCCUCCAGUCCCAGGGCUCCAACUCUUCCACAGGUGGCAGUGAAGGAGCGAAAGAGUCAGACGGGGAUGCCAGCCUGGCGGGUUACCCAUGGUUUCAUGGUACACUGUCCCGCGUUCGUGCAGCUCAGUUGGUGCUUGCAGGCGGGGCCAGGAGCCACGGUCUCUUCGUGAUUCGACAGAGCGAGACGCGGCCCGGGGAGUACGUCCUCACCUUCAACUUUCAGGGCAAAGCCAAGCAUUUGCGGUUGUCAGUGAAUGAAAACGGGCAGUGCCACGUCCACCACUUGUGGUUUCACACCGUGUCAGACAUGCUGAGACACUUCCACGCCCACCCCAUCCCCCUCGAAUCUGGAGGCUCUGCUGACAUCACAUUACGCUCCUAUGUACAAGUUCAGCGAAGCUCCACCACAGAUGUGACUGUGCCUCCAGUACUCACCCCACCCAGGGAUGCAGGCUGCCGGACAGAUUCAGCCCAGCCAGCUCUCCACCCUCCUGGGAUCACAGCGCCUGCAGGGCCAGCUCCUGAUACACCGCUCUCCUCGAGCACCUCCUCCUCACCCACCACCCUUCCUUCCCUCUCCCGCAGUGACCCAGGUACUGGAGGAGGAGUAGGAGGAGGGUUACAGAGUCGGAGCAACAGCUCUGAACGCCUGCUGGAGGCCUCUAGUGGUGCAUCUGAGGACUACCACGAUGCUGAGGGGACUCGCAGGGCCCGAGCAGUGGAGAACCAGUACUCUUUCUACUAAUGGGCCCACAGCAGUCUACAGUUAUGUAUUUUCUGGAUUGGAUGAGAUGCUGAAAGUUGGAGGAGACAUGGGAAGCUCAGCUGAUGAGGAAAAUGGUCCAAAUCACUGGAUCACCCGUCGUUUUGUUUGUUUGUUUUUGUUUCAAGGCAAUUUCCUGUUUCUCUGAUUUGAGAAGGGAGGUGAGAUCUUGCCGAGCACUGUGUCCCACUGAUGAAUCCGUCAGGCCCGCAGCUUUUGUUUCAAACUCCGUUGUCAAGAAUAUCAGUGAACAGAAAGAGAAACAGAAGGUAGAAAUGGAGAUGUGAUGGAGCAGGAGACGAGACUUAGAUGAGCAUAGGCAGAGAAAGCAAGAGGAAGUCAUCCAGUGGAGUCAUAUGGCUUUGAUUCACCUCCUCUGACCACUUCCUGUUCACCCUCACCCACAGUUCCCUGGGAGCAGAGCCUGUGUCGCCACCCUGCCGAAGGGUUGAGAGUUUGAAAUGACCCUGAAGAAACAGUCCCUCCCCUCAGAGCUCCUACGAGCUCCCGAGAGCAUCCCGUUAAUGUUUGUAAAGCUGCUUUGAGUCUGUCCCGGAUAUCCUCACUGUCCCUGCAGGGUUUCCCUACAAAGUCCUGCUCUGGGUUUCUACACUAACAUCAGUACAGCAAUCAUGGGUGUGUUAGUGUUAGCUCAGAGAUGUUUUUCUUAAACGUGUGCAGCCUAAAGGUUCUUAGUGCCUGACAAUUACCUUGGAUUUGAACGGACGAUUGCCCAUAGCGAGGAGGAGGAUGUUGUUGAUCUUGCAUUAUUCUCACAGUUUUGUUGACAGCUGCAACAUACACAGGUGGCCAUAUGUUAUGUUACAUAUCAGAUUAAAAAUGCCGAAAUGGAAGAUGAACAACACAAGUUAAGCCUGUACGAAUCUGGCAGGAUGGCUCCCAUUUUGCUGUCGUACUUGGUUAUUUCUAUGAGUGUGUGGUGGUGUAUUAGAGUCCAAAUAUUUUUCAAUGAUCAGUGUGCUACAGUAGUGUUUCUAAAACAUGGUUUUCAAGGUCCCUCCGUCUGGUGCUGGUUCUGUAUUCAAGCUUAUCAUAUCAAUAACCUGUAGAUUAGAUAUGCUGUUAAUAUAGGAGUUCACUUUGAAGUAAUGCCUUUAAGAUAUUAUUAUACCAAAUCCAGCAUUUAUCGGAGGGACUGGGGAUUUGUUUUUUUGGUAAGAUGGUAGUAUUGUGUACUGUCUGUGCGGCCUGGUGUGGACAGGAACGCUACAGGCAGUAAGGUAAAGGCGUAGGGUUAGGCUACUAGACGGCCAUGCUCGAAUAGAAAGAUGUGACGUUGCUGCUUUACUUUAUGCUGACAGAGUACUGAGCUUAAGUUUUUUAAGUUAAUAAUUCAAAACUACAGAAUAUUUUUCUGUUUUUCUGUAAGAACUGACGUCAUGGUCCUAGACAUUCAUAUAUAUAUUGCAAAAUAUCUGUUAUAUCCUCUUAAAGGAAAAGUUACUUGCUUGACAUGAUACUACUCUCAUGUCUGUAAACAAAAAUAUGGAGCUAUACUGCUAGCAAAUUAAGAGUUACCUUAGCUUAGCAUAAAGACUGGAAACAGGGAAAACAAUGUUCCCGUUCUGGACUGUCUCAUCCACCGUGGGAGACGGUCCCCAAAGGUCUGCUAUAAAAGCUACUCUUUAAUGAAGGUGGUGAAGUUAACCAGACAUACAUUUGCAAAAUGUAAAAUGUGCAAAGUUUUAUGGAGAGUUUCUCGGACUAUUUCUUGUCAGGCAACCAGUGGAGACUCCUGGAAGUUAGUGAUCCCAACUGGAGUCCAUCCAAAUAUAAAUAUGGCACAUUAACCCCUUAAAAUGGUGAUUUGUUGUUUUCACCCAUCGAUAUUUGUACAGAUUAAAUAAAUGAGAGAUAACAUGCUCAUUAGAGAGCUUUAGAUGUCCUAGUGUGCAGAUUUUGUUACUUAGCUGUACAGAGUCAAUGUCCCCUGUUCCCAGUCUUUGUGCUAAGCUAAAUUAGCUGCUAGCGGUAGCUUCAUAUUUACCAUACAGAUGCUAGAGUAGUAUCAAGUUUUAUCAAGAGUCAUCAUCUGUCUUUUCAAGCAUGGUCAUUUAGCUUCGGAGGUGAAAUUUCACUUUCAGUUGAAGAGCUGACGGAAAAGUUCAUGUGCCAAUUUGAAUCCUAUUUUUGAAACAUAUUUAUUCCUCAGCCGUUGUAAAUUACAUUUUUCCUAUCGAGUCUUAUUUAUGUACAAUUGAUUGAUUCUUCUUGAUGAAACAUCCUCAUUGGAACCUGUCUGUUGCAAGAGCCCAUCUCACAUAUCACAGAUUGCUCACGUCUCCCUUUUAUUUUCUUAACACUUCUUAAAGCAAAAUUUUCCGUUGUCUGACUGAGUUUUGAAGAGUCUGUGCAAUUUUGUAUAAAGUGAUGUACUUGACAUACUACUUUAUAUUUCUGUGAAUAAAAUGUGAACAACCUA